AUGACUUUCUCUCUCUCUCUCACUUUCCCCAUGACUCUCUCUCUCUCUCUCUCUCUCACUUUCCCCAUUGACUCUCUCUCUCUCUUUUCCCCCCAAGAUUACAUGGCCUCCUCCUCUGAUGGCAGUGGAGAAGACGUGAUUACAGACGAUGAAGAUCAAGGGUCAGGAAAUGGUGAUGUCUAUCCUAGCUCGGGCACUUCUGUGCAGCCAGAACUUUCAGCAGUAACUGAUGAUCCAAACUUAAGAACAAAGUUAACUCCAUGUCUUCGUCAGCAUAAAGAACAUAAAGCAUCAGGUAACAUCUAUGUGCCGCACUGUACAAAGAAAGGGGAAUACCAUAAGCGGCAGUGUACGAAUUAUGCUUGCUGGUGUGUUGAUCCUAAUGGGUUGAUUAUCAAAGGAACAAAUAGAAGUGAAUCGGAUGAAAAACCAGAUUGUGAAAAUGGUUCCAAUUUGGGUCUUUGCUUAAAGUCUCUGUUGAAACAUUCAACUGGUCUGCUCGGCAGCUUCCGUCCAAAAUGUUCUGAAUCUGGAGACUACAAAGCGAUCCAGUGUCACGAAAGCAAAUGUUGGUGUGUUGAUAAGCAAGGGACAGAAGUUGAGAGCACAAAAGUUAACCUGCCACAAAUUCCGAUUUGUGUUGAAACCAAUCCGAUUCCUUCAACAGUACCGAGCACAAGCAGUACCACCACCACCACUACUGCCACCACCACAAAAGACACCACCACCACCACGACAGAAGCGACCACAUCUUCAACUACAUCUACUACAACUAUCAAGUUAACUUCAACGAAGAGAAAUGAAUUCCAUUUAAAAAAUCCAGGAUAUGAUAUAAAUGAUGUGUCGGUCAGUUCAGAUCUUAAUGUUCUCUUUAAUCUGAUGUCGCAGGAAGCUGAAUAUAGAAGUUGGGCUGCUGAUGAAUCUUUUUUUCUUUUGUUUUCUUAUAAAGAUAACCUACACAAAAUGUUGCUCAGUCAUUGUGGUCACAGAGCACACUAG